AUGCAGCCAUUCGGUGAUGCAUGGAGUCAGCGCCACCUAGCUGGUGUUGUGCUUGCGGGAUCGGUGCUAUCGAUUGUUGGGUCUUUAUACAUGAUUCUAGGGUUCUUCUUUUUACGAGAAUGCCGCUCCUUCAGGCAUAAAUUGAUUCUUGGCCUGGCAGUCAGCGACCUUCUACUCGCCCUCAACUUUUUUAUUCCUAGCUUGUCGAUGGUAACAGGGCGGGAAAUUUCAUCACCAUGGAAUGAAGGAUUUUGCUCUGCCAAUGGGUUUCUUAUGCAACUUUUCUUCGCUCAAAUCGAUGUAUGGCAAAUUAGCAUCGCCCUUAUUACGCUCCUUAUGCUGUCUGGGCCAUCGAUGGUCUUAAAAUGGAUUCGAGAGAACGUUUGGGCUGUUUGGUUGUUCCCAUGGCUCGUUUCCCUUAUUGCCGCUUUCUUCGCCUUUGGGUUUUGGGAUUAUGCGAACGUUGGUGGAUUUUGUUGGUUAGGAUCCCGUAACAUUCGGUUGUAUUUCAACUAUAUCCCCCGCUGGAUCAUCAUACUCGUCUGUCUGGUUAUUUACAUCGCCGUCUAUCGUCUAAUUCUCCAUGCCCGUCGUCGUGCAAAUAUCCAAAAGACCUAUCGCGGGCGUGCAUCCGACAGGGCCCCUCCUCAGCCUGUCACCACUACGGCUCCAGCCACAAACCCCGAAUCCGAAAAGGUUAAUCCCGACGAAAUUUCCAGUGGGAACGGUUCUUCAAGCCUCGAUACGUCACGGUCCGGUUCUUCCACUGGGUUUACACAAACUGUCCAUGAUCCCGCUGUUGCCGGGCAGAUACAAACUGCAGCCGAAAGGGCACAAGAGGAAGCCGAGCAGCAAAAGCAAGUUAGAAAAAUUGCCAUUCAGAUGAUUUCUUACCCAUUAGCCUACGCAGUGCUUUGGGCUAUUCCUACGAUUGUUAUGAUUAUUCAGGUUGCGAGGGGUGGUGAGGGGGUUAGUAUUCAUGUGGAGGGGUUAGCUAAGAUGCUUUUGGUGUUUAAUGGCUUCGUCGAUGCACAUGUUUAUGGUUUUAAUGAACGUACGGCUAUGGGUUGGAGGCAGAGAAUCCGACCGGCUGCUCAGGAAGAUGAUGAAGAGGCGGCAGGUACAAGUGGGGGCGUGCAUGAGGUUGUUUCAAGACCGGAGCCGACGUUGAAGAAUCCGAACGUUUGGCAGCAGAAUAUGGUUUAG